UACAGUUACUCCUAGCAAAGGUCUUGUGGAUGGGAUAGCACCAUUAGUAACAGUAAUGCCAGUAACAGCAAGAUCAGCACCGAUACCCACACGAGACAGUAUUCAAGGCAGUAUGUCCAAAAGCCAAGACCAAGAGGAGUGCCAUCCGCAUUCGCUCAUAACCUACAAAGACUUGCUGAUGCCUUGGCGGGACAGUCCCGCGCGGGACAUUCCCGCGGAAUUAAAAGAAAAGCUCGAGGAAAUCUAUCAAACUGAUGCAAGAAUAAAAUCCGACACGGAAGCUACCAAAAAACGAAUCAACUCCGAAUUUGACGAAGCGUACCGCAACCGGCCCAAAGUGCGACACCACUGGAAUCUACUAAGCCGUGCGAAAUUGUAUCUGUAUUUAAGGCGCAUUGAGAGACGGAGGGACAAACAUCAAGAUCGCAAUGCGAGAGACGCGGAUAAUAGAUCUCGCAGGUUGGAAGAAAGGUGUAAGAAGAUUUGUUCCAAACAUGAGCUGGGAUAGAAGUGGGGAUCUGGUCAUGCUGGCGAAGUCUCAUGUUGCAAGGGAGACGACGAUGGCAGAGACCAGGGUCACUCUGGCAAGGUGGAAAGUUCUUCGACGACAGAGUUGGAGAAGGAAGGUUAGUCACGAGAAUAGAGGGUGCUGUAUAGAUAGAUUUAUAUGCAAUCGAAGGAAGGA